GAAUAUGCAAACACUCUUAUAUGUUUUAGGUAGAGGCCAAGGUUGUUAGAAGUUAAUAAAAGAGUGACAUUAUUUCAUAUAGUAUAUAUAUGUGUGUGAGAGAGAGACAAAGGAAAGGCAAAAGCAAUAAGCCAUGGACUACCAAAAACUUGUGAUACUAAUUUCCUUUGUAAGUGCAAGCAUUCUCAUCUUCAUACUUAGAAAAUUAAACCAAACCCAAAAUUCUACAAAGCUUCCACCAGGGCCAAACCCACUUCCCAUUAUUGGAAACAUCUUAGAACUUGGCAAAAACCCACACAAAACAUUCACAAAACUCUCUAAAAUCUAUGGACCAAUCAUGACAAUAAAACUAGGAAACAUAACAACCAUAGUUAUCUCAUCCCCACAACUAGCCAAACAAUUGCUUCAAGAAAAUUCAAAAUUCUUCUCUAAUAGGACAAUCCCACAUGCUGUCCAUGCCACUCAACAUUACAAAUUCUCAGUAGCAUGGCUUCCCUUAUCAACACCAUGGACCAAACUAAGGAAAAUUUGUGCUACAAAAGUAUUUUCUCCAAAAAUGCUUGACUCAACAAAAAUCAUUCGUGAAAAAAAGUUGCAAGAUUUAUUGGAUUAUGUGAAUGAAAAAAGCAAGAAAGGUGAGGUUUUUGACAUUGGUAAGGUUGUUUUCACAACUGUCCUUAAUUCAAUUUCAAACACUCUGUUCUCUAAGGAUUUGAUUCAUUCAACAUCUGAUGAAAAGUAUGAUCAUCAAUUAUUUGAGAACGCUAUUUUUGGUAUCAUGGAAGAAGCUGGUAGGCCUAAUGUUUCAGAUUUCUUUCCAAUUCUUCGUCUAUUAGAUCCACAAAGAGUGCUUGGAAAAAUGACCACUCAUAUGAAGAAGUUGUGUGAUAUUUUUGAUGAAAUUAUUGAAGAAAGAAUUUGUUUAAGAGCUUCAAAAGGUGAUUAUGAGGUUUACAACAAUGUGUUAGAUUCACUUCUUAACAAUACUGGAGAUAUAAGCUUAGAAUUGACCCGCGAUGAGAUGUUGCAUCUAUUUCUGGACUUAUUUGUUGCUGGAAUUGACACAACAUCAACCACCAUCGAAUGGAUUAUGGCAGAACUACUUCGUAAUCCUGAAAUACUAAGAAAGGUAAGAAAAGAGUUAUGUGAAACAAUUGGGAAAGAUGAAACAAUUGAAGAAUCACAUAUUUCCAAGUUACCUUUCUUGCAAGCAGUGGUGAAGGAAAGUUUUCGUAUGCACCCACCCAUUCCAUUUUUGUUACCUCAUAAAUGUGAUGAAAUUGUGGACAUCUUAGGCUUCAAUGUGCCAAAAAAUGCACAAGUUUUAGUCAAUAUAUGGGCCAUGGGAAGAGAUCCAACCAUUUGGGACAAUCCAAAUAUGUUCAUGCCUGAAAGAUUUUUGGAGUGUGACAUUAAUUAUAAGGGUAAUAAUUUUGAACUUUUACCCUUUGGGGCAGGCAAAAGAAUUUGUGCAGGAUUGCCAUUAGCUCAUAGGAGUGUGCAUUUAAUUGUGGCUUCUCUUCUAUAUAAUUUCGAAUUCAACCUUGCUGAUGGGCUAAUGCCUGAACAUAUGAACAUGGAGGAACACUUUGGAUUAACCUUAAAGAGGGUUCUACCUCUUCGAGUUCAAGCUACUUCAAUCAACCAUGAUUAAUUAUAUUACAAAGUAAUGGUCUUCAUGCUAUAGUAUUGCAUAUCCCCACAUUUCUACGUUUGAGUUAUUAUUAAUAAUAAUAUUAUAAUAUAGGUUAAUGUCAUUUGUUCCAUUAAAAAAUAUGUCAUUUUCGUCUCUUAGUGGUGCAAAUUAUUAAGUAACAAUGGAACAAAAAGAAGAAUAUGACUAUUUGUGUAAAACCUACAUGGAAUAAGUGUUGAGGACAAUUUUUUUUGCAAGUUAUGUCUUCAUUUCUCUCUUGUCAUUUUAA